GCUGCAGCGUCCACCAUGACCAAGGAGGAGAACCUGGAGGCGCAGGAGAAGGAGAGGCAUGACCGGGAGGAGCAGGAGGAGGGCCGGGUCCAGAAGGAGGAGGAGGAAGCACUGACGGAGGAGGAGGAGGAGGAGGAGGACGAGGAGGAAGAGGAAGAGGAAGAUGAAGAGGAGUAUGAGCUGGAAGAGGAGAGGGAGGGAGAGGAAAGGGCAGAGGUGGAGGACGAGGACGAGCAGGAGGAGGAUCGAGAGGAGAGGGCGGAGUGUGAAGAAGAGGAGGAGCCGGCAGCCGGCCGGGAUCUGGAGACGGACCCGGACCCGGAGCCGCUGUCUGUGUCCGAGUACCAGAGUCCGGUCCACGAGCCGCGGCGCCGGGCCAUGGUGCACCCCUCCGCCCAGGCCCCGCUCCCCAAGGACUACGCCUUCACCUUCUUCGACCCCAAUGACCCCGCCUGUGUGGAGAUCCUGAUGGAUCCUGGAACCUCCAUCCCGGAGCUGUUCGCCAUCGUGCGUCAGUGGGUUCCUCAGGUGCAGCACAAGAUCGACGUGAUCGGGAACGAGAUCCUGAAGCGCGGUUGCCACGUCAACGACCGCGACGGUUUGACCGACAUGACGCUGCUGCACUACAGCUGCAAGGCCGGGGCGCACGGAGUCGGCGAUCCGGCGGCCGCGCUGCGUCUCACCAGUCAGCUGAUCUCUCUGGGAGCCGACGUGUCUCUGAGGAGCCGCUGGACCAACAUGAACGCCCUGCACUACGCCGCGUACUUCGACGUCCCGGAGCUGAUCCGGGUCCUGCUGAAGGCCGCCAAACCCAGAGUGCUGAACUCCACAUGCAGCGACUUCCACUACGGCACCGCCCUGCACAUCGCCGCCUCCAACCUGUGUCUGGGGGCCGUCAAGUGUCUGCUGGAGCACGGAGCCAACCCCACCCUCCGGAACGAUAAGGGCCAGGUCCCGGCGGAGGUGGUCCCGGACCCGAUGGACAUGAGCCUGGACAAGGCGGAGGCGGCCAUGGUGGCCAAGGAGCUGAAGCAGCUGCUGCUGGACGCCGUGCCGCUGAGCUGCAACCUGCCGCGCGCCACGCUGCCCAACUACGACAACAUCCCCGGCAACCUGAUGCUGUCGUCUCUGGGCAUGAAGCUGGGGGACCGCGUGGUUCUGGACGACAUGAAGACCGGCACGCUGAGGUUCUGCGGUACGACGGAGUUUGCCAGCGGUCAGUGGGUCGGCGUGGAGCUGGACGAGCCGGAGGGGAAGAAUGACGGCAGCGUGGGCGGCGUGCGGUACUUCAUCUGCCCGCCAAAACUGGGUAUUUUCGCUCCAGUGUCAAAGAUUUCCAAAGCCGUGGAUCAGACGCCUUCGUCCGUCACCUCCACCCCCCGGACCCCCCGCCUGGACCUGGCCUCCCGCCUCGCCGGGAGGACCAAGAAGGAGAAGGAGAAGAAGGAGAAGGAGCGGGAGAAAGCAGCUCAGAGGAAGAAGGCGUCCGUCGCCAGUCUGGACCCAGACGGACUGAACGCCGAGGUGGGGGACCACGUCCUGGUGGCCGGACAGAAACACGGCAUCGUGCGCUUCUAUGGGAAGACGGACUUCGCUCCAGGCUACUGGUUCGGCAUCGAGCUGGAUCAGCCAACAGGGAAACACGACGGCUCCGUGUUCGGCGUCCGCUACUUCAGCUGCCUUCCCAAGUACGGAGUGUUUGCUCCGCCCUCCCGUGUACAGAGAAUCCGAGGCCCGAAAGACGGCUCGCAGAACGAUGGCUCCAUGGUGAAGAAGGUCCACCAGGUCACCAUGUCGCAGCCGAAGCGGAACUUCAACACGAUGCGUUCGCCGAAGGACCUGACCUCUGAGAGCUCCAUCUCCAGGUUGCUGUUCUGCUGCUGGUUUCCGUGGAUGCUGCGCGCUGAGAUGCAGUCCUAACCACCCCUCCUCCUCCUCCUCUUCCUCCUCCUGUAUGGAUCGCUCUUCUCUACUUUCUCUCCAUCUUGUACUUUUUUUCUCUGAGCUUCUUCAGUGAGUCCUCAACCAAAACGUGUCGUAUUCCUCCUGCUCGUCUCACUCUCA